ACCAACCGGAACCAACACAUCGGCCAUUGAGGAGGAUAAGUUGAAGACAUCAGAGCUAAAAGCGGCAGGUCCGAAGGAAAGACAAACCUUUACUACCACAACAGCUGCCGGUUUCGUGCGGCUUCAUGCUCUGCUACUGCGGGGACGUUUGAUUGUGUCGGCGUGUGUGCUGCGCCGGGUGCCGGGCCACAGAGAGUGGGGAAAAUGCCAUCUUUAUCAUGGAGGGUUUUCCCUGCAGUUGUGUUGCUUCUCAUCCCUUCCAUUGUGGCUGCUGAUGAGGUGUCACUACUGGAAGGCUGGCACGAUGUUUGGCUCUUCCGCUUCCUCGUCAACGUUCUGGGAUACUCCACCAUCAUCAUCCCCGGCUACUUCCUUAUUAGCUAUUUCAAGCGCACCAAUUACUUAGAAACAGGUAGUGGGUUUUGUUUCCCUUUCAUAAAGACCUGUGUGUUUGGCAGUGAGGCCAAAACAGGAUUGUUGGAUGACGUGUCACUUGCACCGAGGAACGAGGGUGAUUCAGGCUCGUCAGUCAGACAGGUCGUCAAAUUAAUCUUUUGUGCUGCCGGACUUCAGGUAUCGUACCUGACAUGGGGAGUCCUGCAGGAGAGGGUGAUGACACGUUCGUACGGAGCCACGACUCCAGAAGAUGAGGGUGAGAAAUUCAAGGACUCUCAGUUCUUGGUCUUCAUGAACCGUAUCCUGGCUCUGACCGUGUCGGGACUGUGGUGCCUUCUGUUCAAGCAGCCUCGCCACGGAGCACCCAUGUACAAGUACUCCUUCGCCUCGCUCUCCAACAUCAUGAGCAGCUGGUGCCAGUACGAGGCCCUCAAGUACAUAAGCUUCCCCACUCAAGUCCUGGCCAAGGCCUCUAAAGUCAUUCCUGUCAUGCUCAUGGGUAAGAUCGUCUCCCACAAGAGCUACGAAUACUGGGAGUACUUAACCGCCGUGCUGAUCUCGGUGGGUGUCAGCAUGUUCCUGCUGUCCAGCACUCCCACCAGUCACCCGUCCACCGUCACCACCUUCAGCGGGGUCGUCAUCCUUAUCGGCUACAUCGUCUUCGACAGCUUUACUUCCAACUGGCAGGACAACCUGUUCAAGUACAAAAUGUCGUCGGUGCAGAUGAUGUUUGGGGUAAACCUGUUCUCCUGCCUCUUCACUGUUGGCUCGCUGCUUGAGCAGGGUGCCUUUUUUGACUCGCUGGCCUUCAUGACACGCCACACCGAGUUUGCCUUUCAUGCCGUGUUGCUGUCCGUGUGCUCGGCAUGUGGCCAGCUCUUCAUCUUCUACACCAUCAGCCAGUUUGGUGCUGCAGUCUUCACCAUCAUUAUGACCCUGCGACAGGCUAUCGCCAUCCUCCUCUCUUGUUUCCUCUACGGUCACGCAGUCACCAUAGCAGGUGGAUUUGGUGUUGGGGUAGUUUUCUUAGCACUUUUCUUACGGGUGUACGCACGUAACCGCAUGAAGGCAGGUCGGCGGGCAGCACAGCCGAUCGGACAGAAGGUGUAGCACUCCAAAGUCGCGCCAAACUGGGAACUGAGACCACGUUUUCUGUGGAGCUUUUUGUCUAUUUGUGUGUAUCUAUCGGGUUGGUUUGUUUGUUUUUUACUGUUCUUUUCAAUUGGUUUUUAGUUUUUCUUAACGAUGGUACAGAAAGGGAUUUUGAAAUUUUGACUCUUACACCAAGAUGCCCCCAAGGGGUCUAUGUGAUUUGUCAAGUCAGCAGUCACAGAAGUUUUGAGUGCCUGUAAGAUUGUCUUAUACACGAGUCCCAGACCAUAAACUUUGCAAACUGCCUCUUCACCAAUAUCACACUGAAACAGAAUAUUUUUCCUACACUACCGUACGUGGCUUGUGCAGCCAAAUGAAAAAUUCUAAAAAAUGUUGUUCAUUUUCAAACAUUAAAUGACUUAAAGGACUAGUGUGUAGGAUUCAGGGGGGGAUCUAUUGGCAGAAAUUAAGCAUGAUAUUCAAUAUUAUGUUUUCAUUAGUGUAUAAUCACCUGAAACUAAGAAUCUUUGUGUUGUGUUAGCUUAGAAUGAGCCAUUCAUAUCAACAUAGGGAGCGGGUCCUCUUUCACAGAGCCCGCCAUGUUUCUGCAAUAAACCAGAACAGACAAACCAAACACUGGUUAUAGAGAAAGCCUUCUGCGUUUUUUACAUCAGAAGUGGCAUUUUGAAUUUUAACUUUAAUAGAUUCCAUAAAAUCUUACACACUGGUCCUUUUUAAAAUGUAUCCCAAACAUUUGAACAAGACUUUCACUUUCAGUAAUGACGAAACUUUCUAUUUGUUGAGUUAUCUUUCAAUCACAAUAGCCAAUAGCUUAUCUCACUCCUCCAUGUUGGAGAGCAGGGGUUUUUAUGUGGGAAUUUUAUCUUGUAAAGCUAUAAAAAAUAGCCUGAAAACAUUGUGCACACUGUUUAUUUUAAGGUAUAUUAACAUAUUGCAGAGGCUACCAUCUGUAAUAGAGGGUAGUAAACAACAGUUUGCGUAAUAAAGAGCGCACUUAUAAAUUGUAUAAUUUUAUCCCAAGAUCAGUGAACCAAAUGCUGCUGUGGGUACUUUUUGCACGGCGUUAUUUUAAAGAAAACAUUUUUUGUUGUCCUCUCAACACAGAUUUUACUUAAUACUUUAACUUUGGGCUAAAAAGUCUUGUAAAUAUAUCUUUUAGUCAUUGUUUAUUUCCAACUUGUCUGUCGUGUACUUUUGUAAAAGAACUGCUUCAUGUGUUUUCACCGUCACAUGUGAAUGUUUGAAAGAACACUGAAUGGAUGAUGAUGAAGAUGAUGAUCAUUGCCGUCAUAAGGAUGUGAAGAUAAUGUUGGCCAAGUGGGGAUUUUGCGGAACAGAAUGCAUACAAGGGAAGUGCAAUCUUACUGGUACCUUUUUUUAUUAUUCUACUAUUUCCUCUGGUAACUGGAUUAAUAAUAAAACAUAUUAAAUUAA